AUGCUCGGCUACGACAUCGGCGUCAUGUCCGGCGCGCUGUUACCGAUGACGCGCGACCGCGGCCUCUCCGACGUCGAGGCGGAGGUCGCGGUCGGAUGCCUCAACUUCGUCUCCGCCGCGGGCGCGCUCGGCGGCGGCGUCGCGUACGACCGCCUCGGCGCGGUCAAGUGCGUCGUCGUCGCGAUCAGUUUCUACGCCGUCGGGAUGUGCGUCAUCGCCGCGUCGUACUCGUUCGCGCAGAUCUUCGUCGGGAGAGUCGUGUGCGGCGUCGGCGUCGGGUUGGGAUUCGCCGUCUGCCCGCAGUACAUCGCGGAGAUAUCCCCGCCGGCGUGGCGCGGCGUCCUCGUCUCGUGCUUCGAGAUCUCCAUCAACGUCGGGCUGUGCGUCGGGUACGUCGCGAACCUCGCGAUGGAGGGGUUGGACGACUCCCCGCGAUGGCGCGGGCUCAUGCUGUUGCCGUUGAUGCCGACGGCGAUCGUCGUCUUCUUCGCGGUGCCCGGGCUGCCUGAGUCGCCGCGGUGGCUCAUGAAGGAGGGCGCGGGGAGAGAGCGCGAGGCGAGGGAGGUGCUGCGGGCGACGUGCGAGGAGGACGCGGCGAGCGCGGCGCUGAUGGAGAUCAAGGCUGCGCUCGCGAAGGGAGGAGGAGGAGGAGGAGGCGGGGGAGGGGGGCGCGACGACGGAGGCGAGGGCGGCCUCCUGAGCGACCGUUCCGCGCGGACGGCGACGCGCAUCGGCGCGUGCACCGCUUUUUUUCAACAGGCGAACGGAUCCGAGGCGGCGGUGUACUACGUCCCGCAGGUGCUCGCCGCCGCGGGCGUCGCGUCCGAACACGCGCAGCUCCAAGCCGCCGCGCUCGUCGGCGUCUGCAAGACCGUGUUCGUCGUCAUCGGCCAACAGCUCGUGGACGCGCAAGGACGACGACCGAUGCUCCUGAGCUCCAUCGUCGCCGUGACCGCGUGUCUGAUCACCCUCGCGUUCUGUCUGGGCGAGCUCGCGGGCGGCGGCGUCGACGCGGGCGUGACGCUUUUCGCGUUGUGCGCUUUCAUGGCGUCCUUCUCGCUUGGCAUGGGCCCGGUCACGUGGGUCGUCGUGUCCGAGAUCUUCCCGCUCGAGCACCGAGCGAAAGGCACCGCGGUGAGCAUGGCGGUGAACCGGCUCACGAGCGGCACGGUCGCGAUGACGUUCUUAUCGCUGUCGGAUUUCGUCGGCGUCGGCGGCGCGUUUUUGUUCUUCUCGGGCGUCAGCGCGACGCACUUCGCGUUUACGUUUCGGUACCUGCCGGAGACGAAAGGGAAGAGCCUGGAGGAGAUCGAGGCGAGUUUGGGGAGCGGGGCGUCGGGAGGGGGGGCGUACGCGCGGCUGGACGAGGCGGACGAGAGGUGA